AUGAAAGGAAUAUACAUAUUCUUGAAAUGUUGCUUUGAUUUCUUUGAUGAUUCUGAAAAGAAAUGCUUCUUUUACACUGCAUUAUACCUGGAGGAUAGUGACAUCCAAAAGGACAACUUACUAGACAAUUGGGCAGCAGAGGAACUUCCCAACACAAUUGAUGAUGCAGAAGAAACACGUGCCAAUGGACGUGAAGUAUUGCAUUAUCUUAAGAUGCACUCAUUACUUGAGGAAAAUGAACCUCAACAAUGUUUUAGGAUACACAAGCUGAUUCAUCUAGCUGCAUUAUAUAGUUUGUCAACUGAUGGAGGCCAAGGAAUUUUGGUAAAAUUUGGUGAAGCAUUAGAUAAGCCUGUGGAUGUGGAGUGCUGGAAAAACAAGAGAUGGAUCUCACUGGUUGACAGGAAAAUGAGUGCAUUACCAGCCAAACUAAUUUGUCCAAAGCUUUCGACACUAUUCUUGCAGAAAAAUCCAAACUGGAAUCUGUUCCAGAAGCAUUCUUUAUUCAUAUGA